UUUAUUUUCAGGCUCUCGUUUCUCUGCUGACUCCCCUUUCGACCUCAUUUCUUCCUCCUUUUGUCUCCGUUCACAUAUCUCUUUUCGUCCGCUAGAGAGAGAGAGAGAGAGAGAGAGAGAGAGGUAGAGAGACGCAGGAUAUGCAGAAAACAAUACACAGAGAGAAGCUGAUGGGUCGGGUCUCACACUCCUUUGACCAAGAAAAGGCAAAGAUGAUUUGGUGAUCUUUUUAUUUAUUCUAUUCAUUCAGUGAGUAAAAGAAGUGGUUGCUACAUACCCAAAAAAAAAGAAGAAGAAGUGGUUGCUGUGCAGUUAUUAGCUUCUUCUCGAUGAGAGAGAGAGAGAGUUUAUAUUGAGAAAAGUAAGAUCAUCUAAACCAAUUUUGAUUUGGUGAUAGAGUAAACAUCUGGCUCUGGUUUUGGUGGGUUCUACAGGUUUCAUCGAAGGUUUUUGGGUAUUACCGGUUCACCCAAGAUUUGAGUAGAAGCUGGAAUUCUUAUUCUAUUUGUUUUCUUGAUUUGGGGGAAGAUGGGAAAGAGGAAGGCACAGAAAACGAAGGAACUAUCGGUGGCAAUAGCAGAAGCGUCAUCAUCAGCACCAGCAGCAGGAGACGAAACCAAGUCUCCAGUAGUGACACCCAGAAAGAGAGGCCGACCUCGCAAGAUCGUCGAAGCAAAGGCUGAACCAAAGCAAGAAGAGGAACAACAGAAUCCAAUACAACAAGCUGAAGUAGUGGAAGAAGAAGAAGAAGAAGCUAAAGUAGCGGACCAAACGAAGAAAGCCAGAGCUGGUGAAGUGGAAGAGCAGAAGCAAGAGACGUUGCAGGAGUCAUCAACAAAAAGGACUAGCAGCAGAAGCAGAGUGAGAAGAAAGAGCAAGCCUCGUAAGAGCAGCUGACAAAGAAGACGGACCCAUUUACUAUCUUACUCUUUUCUCUGCGCAACUCAUUCUGUCUUUUGGUUUUGUAGCUCUGGUCUUGAUCAGGCAAUUAGAUGAUCGAAGAUCAUUCCUGCCUUUUUAACACUUCACAUGUGGCUCACAUGUAUUCUUCAUACCUAUGUGUUGACACGACGACGACGGAAUACUGCUGCAAAUUAGGUUUACUGGUAUGGGUUUGUUUUCCACUUUCUAUGCCCCCACGCUUCAUUGAAGUUACCCACUGAUUGAAGUCAUCGGUCUCUUCUUUUGUUGUUUUUUAGCUUGUGGUUUAUCUGUGUGCUCAAACCAAUCAAUGAAUCAGAAUCACAGAUGAACAUGGUUUUUUCUUUC